CUUAUUUUUUAUUUUUUUUUAAACAUUGUGAUUUUUUUUCGUGUUUUUUCUUCGAUAUAUAUAUUUUUUCCCCUCGUUCAUUAUCGUACUUCAUACUUCAUCAUGACUGAACAGACACCUAAAGUACUCAAGCUUAAGACUUUGUCCCCACCUUCGUUUCAACUGAUGCCUUUCUGGCCCGACAACAUCGAAGCCUGGUUUUGCUACGCAGAAGCCGACUUCUCCGAGCACGGCGUGAUCGACACACGUGCACAAUUCCUCGCAGUAGUCAAGGCACUACCGCGCGAAUUCAACAGGUACGUAACACCUAGUAUGUUUACUAGUGAUGUUUCCGAUCCUUACGAAAUCUUAAAACGCUCGAUUCUCAAACGAGGAGAUCUAACCGAUCGACAAAGGUUAGAUCAACUCUUCAAUAACAUCGACCUGCAACACGGUUCUGCGACGGACAUGUUGCAACGGAUGAGAGAGGUUAUAGGCCCAAGAACUUUCGACGAAGGUCUAUUCAAACAACUCUUCUUGUCAAAACUUCCCCAACAGGUGCAAGCAGUUCUGGUCUCGUUCCAGAACAACGGCUUAGACGAGCUAGCUGCAUCUGCCGACCGCAUUCUAGAAAUUACGAAACCUUCUACUACCGAGGUAUUUUCAGUCAAAGAAAAGCCUCACACGACUCAGAAUGAUAUAACCGACUUAUGUCACACACUCACGCGUUAUCUUAGUCUUCGUACCGACCGUAAGAGAUCGCGCACACCACGUAGAAGCAUUUCUCGUAAGCGAUCUGUCUCUAGACCACGAGAGACAGAUAACCCCGACUGGUGCUGGUAUCAUAACCAGUAUGGAAAGCUUUCCAGAAAUUGCAGAAAACCCUGCAAUUUUCCCAACACGAAACCGACUGAUUCGAAAAACAAUCCGGGAAACUUCCAAGCCGGCACGCGUUAACGGCGACCGUAGCCGGCGAACAAAGCCGUCUGUUAUUCGUCACAGAUGUGACAACGAGAGUUCGCUACCUCGUCGACACUGGCGCAGAAGUUAGCGUUCUCC